AUGUGGUUCUCCAAAUCCAAUUUCCCCGUUGAUGGCAAAACGGCAAUAAUAGUAGGGGCAUCCCAAGGCAUUGGUGCUGACAUCGCCACAAAACUUUACCAUAAAAACUGCUCGGUGAUUCUUGUUGCUCGAACACAAUCAAAAUUAGACCAACAAGUUAAACGGAUCCUCGAUAUGCCUAAACAACUGUACCCAGGCAAGAACCACACCGCCAAGAUUGCGUGUUAUUCAUGUGAUGCUUCCAAUUAUGAUGAUUUUGUCAAUUUAUGGAAACAAAUUACUGCCCAUGGAUAUGACCCCACGAUUAUCUUUUGUUGUGCUGGAUCUAGUGUGCCCAAAUUGUUUAAUGAUUUGACUUCACGAGAUCUUGAUGCUGGGAUUGAUAUCAAUUAUCGGACUGCAUUGAAUGUGAUUCAUAGUGGGUUUAAGCAUUUACUCGCCAUAAACAGUGGUGACUCGUCUUCAUCAACAUCUCCAUCUUCAUCUCCACCUUCAUCUUCAUCAUCAUCGUCUUCACCAAUUCCACCCCAUGAAUGGCCUCAAAGACAUAUUAUAAUAUUCAGUUCAGUAGUUUCAUUCUUCCCAUUCGUCGGCUACUCCCAAUACGCACCAAUGAAAGCGGCAUUGGAAUCAUUAUCAGUCAUUUUACGACAAGAAUUGAAGCCAUACAAUUAUCGAGUCUCGUGUGUGUUUCCAGGCAAUUUCCAAAGUGAAGGAUUUGAUGAAGAACAAAAGACUAAACCACAAUUGACAAGAACAAUUGAAGGUCCCAGUGUCCCCAUCCCUAGUAGUGUUUGUGCCGAUAUGGUAUUUGAUCAGUUGUCCAAAGGGUAUGAUACUAUAACUACUGAUUUUAUUGGAUGGGUGCUUGGAUGUAGUACAUUGGGUAUAUUGCCUCGUCAAUGGGGGGUUUUCCAAGUCAUUGUUAGUUUUAUUCUUCUGAUUUUUGCUCCAGUGAUUAAUUGGAGUAUAGCUAGAGAGAUUAAAAAGCAUUUCAGUGAAGAAGCAAGGAAAAUAGAUUAA